AUGUUUGACGAGGACACUGAACUUCAGGAAACUCACUUGGAUGAUAUAAGAAAUAAUGAGAUGAGCAACAGGGUUAUUCCCUUCCUCAAGAAGGGGAUGAUAAAUUGCUCCGAGAUCAUCAAAGGAUGCCUUCUGAAUGGGAAGUCUUAUGAUUGCACUACAUUGUUCAAAGAACAUUUUUCUGAAUGGGGAAGUACCUGUAUUUUCAACGGGAUUCCUGCAAAGGCCACACGGCGAUAUGAUACAAUUCAAUCUGAGCUAGGAGGAAGUACAAAAGAAGAAAUUGAAGAGUGGGAGAAAGCCGACUUGGACGAAUAUGUCAUAAAUGCUAGGAAACAGAAGCCAAGGAAGAAACGUCCGGCGGUACCUUGGAGACAAUUGGCCCCUGGUAAAUCGUCUGGAUUGACAUUUGCCAUAAAGGAAGAGCUGGAGGAUAAAGCUUGCGUCCACAGUGACGACACUGGGUUCAUGAUAAAUAUGUACAUCCAACAUUUGGCGGUAAAUAAUCCAAGAGAUGAGCCACAAAUUGAACGAUUUGGGACAUCAUUGCCAUAUGGAAGAGAAAUAUAUGUUUCUCUAUACCCUGAAAUCCUUUUGGCUGAGGAAGAUGCCAAAGAUAUUGGCAUGGAGAGACGAGGGUGCUACUUCAGCGAUGACGGCGGCGAUGCUUAUUUGGAGUUUUAUAAAAAGUAUUCCCGACAGAACUGCUUGGAGGAAUGCUUCGCUAAGAAAGUUUACGAAAAAUGCGAAUGUGCUAAAGUUUCUUCCCCAGGAUUCCCUGGCAGGAAGUUGUGUUCGCUUCCAGAUGUGAAUAGCUGCAUCAGAGUGGAAGAAGAGCAAAUGUACAACGAGGGCUUGAAAACAGCGUGCCCAAAAUGCCGUCCGAACUGUCGAGACACAAAAUAUAGAACAUCGGUGACCUGGAGCCGAAUGACAGAUACCCAAAUGAAUCGCUAUAGAAAAAUGUACUAUGGCCCAAGUUACACGUACGUCAGGGGCAAUAAGAACAUUACCAUAUCGGUCGUCAACGUCUACUUUGUAGUGGAUUCGGUACACCCAAUCCGAAGGAGUGCAAGAUAUAGUACCUUCGAAGAAGUUGUUCAUUGGAACCCAUCGAUUCCUGAGUUCUUGAGGCGACGUAAUAACAGAGUUGCUCCUGAGGAAAUUGAAUUGCCAACAAUCCAGCCACAAGAGCGACGACCCGUCCAAAGGUCAGCAUUAUCACGCCCACCUCCAUUCCAUCCAAUGGAAAAUUUACCCGGAUUUACACCGUAA